AUGGCUUCUGCAACAACGAACGAUAAGUUAAGCGCAUGUUGUCUCAUGGAGUAUCGUCCGUUGCCUGGAACUCCAAGAGGACAAAUAAUUAAGAUCGCUGGAAUCGAUACGUAUCAUAGCGUGGGGAAAGACGAAACAUUGAAAGGAAAAACAAUUGUAAUAUUAACUGAUAUAUUCGGUCUGACAAAGAAUCCGCGGAUUACUGCCGAUGAAUUGUCGGAAAAAAGUGGUUUCGAUGUUUACGUACCGGAUCUAUUUGACGGAGACGCAGUUGCCACUUCCUUACUCAAGGAUAUGCCAGAAGUACCUGGAGAAAAGCAAUCCAUAGGAACUAAGCUUAGUAUAGCUGGCAAGUUAUUGACAUCGUUAGGUCCUUGGUUGUUUCGCCAUCGUCAAGCAAUUACACUUCCUAUUAUCGAAAAGUUUUUCAAAACUCUUCGUUUGGAAAAAGGAAUUACUCGGAUACAAGCUGUUGGCUACUGUUUUGGUGGUCUGUAUACGCUGUUAGCCGGUAGUGGUCAGCUUCAUCUUGUUGAUGCCAUUGUCGGUUGCCAUGUAUCAUUAACUACUAAAUAUCACUUUGAACAACUAGAAGUGCCUUCGGCUUUUGCUUGUGCUCAAGAAGACGAACGAUUUUCGGAUGCUCUUCGAGAAGAAGCAGAACGAAUUCUUGCACGCAAGACAGAUAUACCAAGCAAGUUUCUAGUUACUGAAGGAACAGUUCACGGAUUUGCGGCUAGACCCAAUCCAGAUAACCCUGUCAUCAUGAAAGCGUACCAUCAGGCAAAUGAUUUAAUCGUCGAAUGGGCUAAAACUCAUCUUUGA